AUGCGCCCUUCGUCUGUAAUUGCCGCUCUGGCUUUCGCCAGUGGUGCUGUCGCGGAGCUGUACAAUCUUACGAUUACUGCAGCACAUCCCACAAAGGUCAUUGCAAUUGAAUCAUACUUCUCAGACUAUGAUCACCACACCCUCGGUGUCAAUGCCACUGUCGGAGCUAUCAUCGGUGCGGUAUUCGCCUCAGCCGCAGCAUAUCCAACCCCCGCCGGCGCCUUGAUUGAUUUCAGAAACAGAAUCAACUACAUUGCCGGCCCAACCCCCUUCCUAGUCGACUUCGAAAACCCAGCCGCAGUCAUCUCCUCCAUCUCCGCCAUCAUGCCCACCAUCACCCCCUUCCCCCAAGCCCUCGAGAUCAUCUCCUCCGUCUACGACUAUCUCGGCUCCGUCGCCUACUCUGAGCUCAACAAUUUGACGUCGCUCCCCUACAACAUCUCGCAUUCUCUCGGCACGUUCGUGCCGCCUGAGGAAACGCCUGCGCCUACCACCGGACCAACCAGUCUGCCUGUGACCACGACGAAGCCGCCGGUUGAUACGACGGCUGGUCCGGUGUGCGUGCCGUACACGACGACGAAGAAACCGGGGAAGUGGUGUAGGUGGAGUGAGAAGAAGAGUGGGAAGUAUGAGUGUUGGAAUUUUUAG